AUGGCUCGCAUCGUCAAGACAGCGCAGACACUAGGCCCACGGAAGAGUGUCUAUACAGUGCUUAUCCAGAGCAUCUUCCUUGACCUGAGCAAGAUGUACAGACUAGCACGAUUAGAGCUGUUCUAUUUUGUGGAUGGUCUCGUAGUGUCGGUCACUUCGUAG